AUGCAGCUUCGAUGUUUACUGACCUUUCAGAUAAGUUCGAAAAAUUUAGGCUUGCACAAGUUCAGUUUUGGUGAACAAGUUAAGAAUGAAAUUGUACAGAUUAAACAACAAUCAAACAACAAUAAGAUGGGAUCUUCUCCAGAUAUUAAUUCCAAAAUCGAAGAGGUUGAGAAAUUUGUUCCAGAUUCAAUUAUCAAACGAGGUGACUCAAGAUUAUUAGCUUGUAUCAAGAACUUCUCCGACGUCAAUCUUGGUAAUAUCAAUCCAGAUAUGUUAAUUUCAACAGGUUCAGGUAUUGAUGUUACUCAACAGUUACUAAAGAUUCAAUCUUUACUAUUGUCCAAACAAAUUGCGUUUAAAGAUUGGGUUUUUUUCCUUAAUAACCGCUGCUUUGGGAUUGCUGCUCGUGCGCCGAAAGACGAACGUGAUCGUCUAAUGGAUUGGGCUAAUUGUGUUAUUUCCCUUUGUAAACAUGUUGAAUUUUACAAAAAUCCAUGGAAAUAA